UAUCCCUCCUCCUAUGUGUGCGGGGUUGUCUUACAUCAGCCCGAGCGCAGGCGCCACCGAGACGUUCAUGCAAGCCUGAUCUCCGCACUGGAAUACUCCUCUUUGGACAAAUGGUCUGAAAGAAUAAAACGAUCCAUUCCAUUUUUUUUGUGAUGAAGCGCCCGCGUGAUGCCCUCUUGUGGCUGCUGCUCCUCGUUUCCUCGCUCGCAUGCGUCAGCUCACAAGUCAACCCAGGUGUGUGUCGUUACCCCCUGGGUAUGUCCGGAGGACAGAUUCAGGAUGAGGACAUCUCCGCUUCCAGCCAGUGGUCUGAAUCCACUGCAGCUCGACAUGGCAGGUUGAACUUUGAAGAGGGUGACGGCGCCUGGUGUCCGGAGAUCACGGUGGAGCCCCACAAAGAGUUCCUGCAGAUCGACUUGCGCUCGUUGCACUUCAUCACCCUGGUGGGCACCCAGGGGCGCCACGCCGGCGGCAUCGGCAACGAGUUCGCCCAGGUGUACACGAUCAAGUACAGCCGAGAUGGCAGUCGUUGGAUCUCGUGGCGCAACCGGCAGGGCAAGCAGAAGAUUGAGGGGAACAGGAACGCCUACGAUAUCGUGCUGAAGGACUUGGAGCCCCCCAUUGUCGCUCGAUUUGUGCGCUUCAUGCCCGUCAUAGACAACUCCCAGAACGUCUGCAUGAGGGUCGAGCUGUACGGCUGCGAAUGGCUUGAUGGCCUGGUGUCGUACAACGCUCCAGUGGGCCAGCAGAUGAACUUACCCGAACACGCUGUCUACCUCAACGACUCAGUCUACGACGGCGCCGUCAUCUACAGCAUGACAGAGGGCUUGGGCCAGCUGACGGACGGCGUGUGCGGGCUGGACGAUUUCACGGAUAGCCACGUGUACAACGCGUGGCCCGGCUACGACUACGUGGGCUGGAGCAAUCAGAGCUUCCCCGGCGGAUACGUGGAGAUCAUGUUCGAGUUCGACCGCAUACGAAACUUCACAACAAUGAUGGUUCACUGCAACAACAUGUUCACGCACAACGUCAAGACCUUCCAGCAGGUGGUGUGCCACUUCCGCUCCGAGUCAGACUGGGAGGCCACUCCGCUUGCUUUCAGCCCCGCCGUGGACGACAAGGACCCCGGCGCACGCUUUGUCGCCGUCCCGCUGGCCAAUCACAUGGCCAGCGCCGUCAAGUGCCAGUUCUACUUUGCAGAUGUCUGGCUAUUGUUCAGCGAGAUCACCUUCCAGUCAGAUACGGCCAUGUAUAACACAACACUGAGUCCUCCAAAGACGGGACUGCCGCCCAUCAUCCAGCCAGAGGACGACCCAACCCACAAAGUGGAUGACAGUACCACACGCAUUCUGAUUGGCUGUCUUGUAGCCAUCAUCUUCAUCCUGGUGGCCAUCAUUGUCAUCAUCCUGUGGAGGCAGGUGUGGCAGAAGAUGUUGGAGAAGAGCGAGACCUUCGCCUACAAUCACAACCAGUCGAGCAGCACCACCAGUGAACAGGAGUCCAGCUCCACCUACGAGCGCAUCUUCCCUCUGGCUCCAGAUUACCAGGAGCCCUCGCGGCUCAUAUGCAAGCUGCCCGAGUUCACGCAGACCUCAGAGGAACCUGCCUCCAGCAGCACGAUGACGCAGGACGGCGUCCCUCACUACGCAGAGGCGGACAUCGUCAACCUGCAGGGCGUGACCGGAGGGAAUACGUACGCCAUCCCGGCACUCGCCAUGGACUUGCUUUCCGGAAAGGACGUCGCGGUGGAGGAGUUCCCGCGGAAACUGCUCACGUUCAAAGAGAAGCUCGGAGAGGGCCAGUUUGGAGAGGUGCAUCUAUGUGAGGCAGAGGGAAUGCAGGAGUUUAUGAAUAAAGAGUUUUUAUUUGACGUGCCAGAAGAGGCGACGGUUUUAGUAGCGGUCAAGAUGCUCCGGUCGGAUGCUAGCAAAAAUGCAAGGAACGACUUCCUGAAAGAGAUCAAGAUCAUGUCCCGCCUGAAGGACCCAAACAUCGUUCGCCUGCUGGCUGUGUGCAUCUACAGCGACCCCCUGUGCAUGAUCACAGAAUACAUGGAGAACGGAGACCUCAACCAGUUUUUGUCCCGCCACGAGCCGGAGGGACAGCUGGCGCUGCUCAGCAACGCGCCCACAGUCAGUCUGGGCAACCUGUGCUACAUGGCCGCCCAGAUAGCGUCGGGCAUGAAGUACCUGUCCUCGCUCAACUUUGUACAUCGAGACCUCGCCACACGGAACUGCCUGGUGGGCAAGAACUUCACCAUCAAGAUAGCCGACUUCGGCAUGAGCAGGAACCUUUACAGCGGCGAUUACUACCGCAUCCAGGGCCGUGCCGUGCUGCCCAUCCGCUGGAUGUCCUGGGAAAGCAUCCUGCUGGGCAAGUUCACCACAGCGAGCGACGUGUGGGCCUUUGCGGUCACCCUGUGGGAGAUCCUCAACUUCUGCAAAGAGCAGCCCUACUCUCAGCUCACAGACGAGCAGGUUAUCGAAAACACGGGGGAGUUCUUCCGAGAUCAGAAAAGACAGAUCUACCUUCCGCAGCCCGUGCUGUGCCCGGACUCGCUCUACAAGAUCAUGCUGGGCUGCUGGAGGAGGAACACCAAGGAAAGGCCGUCCUUCCAGGAAAUACACCGAGCCCUCCACGAACCACAACCUUAGGGCCACAUUUUAGGGAGUUGUUGAGACCGUGUGCCUGACACAAUCCAGGCUUAAGCUACUUUUUUUUUUUUUUUUUUGCGUGUCACCUGUGCGGCGGACAUGCAUGCUACGGACCGACCAGAGACGCUCGUCCAUAGAGUCUUAAAAACACAAAAAAAGCAAAAAGUUUUGCUACUCCAGUUUAACUGUAGCAAGUGACAUUCUGCACUUUUCAUGUUGUACGUUAAAAUAUGACGUUGAAAUGUCCCGUGCUGUCACAUUUUAGGGUGACCAAAGACUUUUUUGUGUGUGUGUGUGUGUGUGUGUCUGUUUAUUGUUCAAAAGACUGCUUGAAUGUAGCGGGGAUAAGUGCAGCAAAUUUCAAGUGUUUCAUCUCAGUCUCGUCGUUGAACAAGAAAGAAAGGUCAACUCAGUUACGCCUUUCUUUCUUUCUUUCUUUCUUUGCCUUGUAAAUAGCUGUUUUUGUUUUAACUACCAGUAUUUUGUACUUCUAUUUAUAUAUGUUGAUAUUUUGACCGUUUGUGUGUUUAAUAUGCUUCUUUUUUCAUAUUUGGAAUACUUCAUUUGAUUUAGGAUCUGAGCACAAGCGGGUAGGUGGAAGGAUCGUGCUGAUGUCGGGAAGUAAAGCCGUUGGAUAAAAGUAGACGCGUUGUCAUAGUAACAGGUUCCCAGGUGUGUUACAGUUGCUGAAAAGAGUUCUGCAUGUGUGUUGAAUUGUAAAACACUAAACAGGGUUGAGUUGGGUCAGAUGUAUUUCUGUAAACCAAACAAAGAGGUGUUUUUUGUACAGCAUUGUAAGUAAAAAUGUUUUAUAUACUGUACGUGUAAACAAACGUCCAUCGAGCUACAAAAAUAAAAAGAGAAAUUCUG